AUGUCGGGCCGCAUCCCCAACGUCAGCACGCGGAUCGUGCCGAAGAACAUCGCGCUCCCCGAGACCGGCAGUUGCUUCGACACGACUGCGGUGAUCCCCAAGCGACGCACGCACGAGAAGGUGAACGACGCGGAGCACAUCAGCGCCUUCUCCUUGUCGAAGCCGUCGAAGCCACACACCACCGACUCGUUCCUUCGCAAGGGCCAAGGAACAGGAGGGACGGUCGAUCUGGAGAAAACGCUCAAGGGAGACAAACAUGAAGGCGGUUCUCCUCGCUCGCGGCACCAGCAACCGGUAGCAUUUAGGGAACGCUCCAACCCGCCGGACACUUCGUUCAGAAGGUUCUACGAGCGCGGUGACCUACCGAUUCAGAUUGACCACGGCGGCGUGCGCAACAUGGUCGCAUGGAAAGUGGACAUCACGAAGCUCGAUUUCCACCACUACCUUCCGAUUUUCUUCGAUGGACUGCGCGAGGUGGAGGAGCCCUACGCGUUCCUGUCGGAGCAAGGCAUCAAGGACAUGCUCAUCAACGCCAGCAACAAAGUGCUGCCUGUGAUCCCGCAGCUUAUCAUCCCCAUCAAAAACGCUCUCAACACGCGCAACGCCGGCAUCAUCGUCAAGACGCUGCACAUUCUACAGCUCAUGGUGACCUGCGAGGCCGCGGCACAGCCAGGUAGCGGCCCGGGACUCAUCGGCCAGGCACUUGUGCCGUACUACCGGCAGAUUCUCCCCGUACUCAACAUUUUCAUUCGCAAGAACGACAACAUUGGUGACGCUAUCGACUACGGCCAGCGCAAGCAGCUGAAUAUGGGCGACCUCAUCCAGCAGACGCUCGAGAUCAUGGAGUCACACGGCGGCGACGAUGCCUUCAUCAACAUCAAGUACCUCGUCCCCACCUACCAGAGCGUGUGCGUCGGAUAG